CAGUGCUACUACUAUGAGGGACGAAAUUUUUGUUACUCAACACGAUGAAGAAAGUAAAGCUAUGUAUUAUUGGUGGAGAUCAUCAGCAAAAUUUGAUGAGUGUGUAAAAUUCAAGUUUGAUAUGUCAAAUUUGUCAAAAAUGACACCUAUACUUAAAGUCCUUAGAGAACUGGAGAGGCUAUAUUUGAUGUCCACAGAGAGUCUUGAUGAGCUUAGGCAAAAUCUAAUGUCUUAUAAAGCAGGUGAUUUUUGGGUGUCAAUUGGUGGAUGUAAGAAAGAAGAUAUGGAUAUUCCACCUGUGAAUACUAUACUGUUGGUUGGUUUUCAUAAUGCUGGCAAAAGUUCACUUGUCAACCUUAUGUAUAGUGUUCUUGGUCGCUCUGGUCUCAUCCCUUUUGCUCAGACUUCUUCAGGAAAUGAUUGUGCUUACACGAGUUUAAUGAUGGAGGAGCACAAUGUGCUGAGAUCAACACGAAAUGGAUUCUGCAUUUACGAUACGAGGGGUUUCGAUUAUGAUAGAAUAGAUCAGGCUCUUCAAGAAUUGAAAGAAUGGAUGGCUGAUGAUGGAGUCCAUCAUAAGAAGCUAUGCUUAAGACCAGAAGAUCAUGUACUUUUCCCAAUGCUAGAUAGUGAAUUGGAGGAUACUUCUUCUUCAAUGUUCAUAAAGAGAAAAGUCAAUUGUGUUAUGCUGGUAGCUAAUGCUUCUGAAAUAUACAAGUCUCUCAGAAUGGGUGAUUUUAAGCCUUUGGAUGCAUUAAAGCAACUCUUCUGCUCUCCUGCACUCAACAAAUCCAAUGGGAACCCCACAUUGAUUUUGACUCAUGGAGACAAGCUAUCAACCGAGGAUCGAAUAGAUUGCCGAUUGAAGAUAUGCGCUUUUCUUGGUGCCUCAGAGACUAAUGGAAUAUAUGAUAUAGUUUGCGUGACAGAAUAUGGAUUAUUGGCAGAUGAAUAUGAUCCAAUCUCAGCAUAUGCUGUAACUGAAGCCGUUUACAGAGCAUUGCUCAUCUCAGACAGGGCUCAACUUGUCAAGCAAACAUUCAAGGACUGUGCAUUAUUUACAUUGUCAUGGUUUAUGUGCUUCUUAGCCGGUAUAUUUGCCUGUCUGGCCCAUCUUUUCAAGGUUUUGGCCCAGAAACAUAAAGGCAAGUUAAAAUGGUGA